AUGCCUGAACCCGAGUAUAAAGAGAUCGCUCGCCGGAAGCAGGCACAGCUCCAGUCGAAGAUACCGCAAGGCUGGCGUCUCCCUGCCCAGUGGAUACCUGCUGGUAUUCUUUCAGUCGAUGAAUCAAUCACAAACACUCGUUCCUAUGACCAGUCAGACAUUACUGAUAUCCCAAGGCAGUGUGGUUUGCUCACAGCCAGAGAACUCGAAAUCACCGAGGCAUGGGACGCUAAGGGGAUACUUAUAGAGAUAGCAAACGGGAAGCUGUCCUGUAAGGAUGUUUGUCAAGCAUUUUGUAAACGUGCUGCAAUUGCACACCAGCUUACUCGGUGCCUUACAGAGCCACUGUUUGAUGACGCCAUGAAGCGUGCAGAGAAGCUAGACGAUCAUUUCAAGCGCACGGGAACGACAUAUGGCCCUCUGCACGGUUUACCAAUAUCCGUCAAAGAUACUUUUGAUAUUGAAGGUGUCGACUCUACUACCGGACUAGCAGCCCUUGGAUUCAAACCAGCAAAGCAGAAUGCUCCUUUGGUGGACCUUCUUUACUCUCUUGGAGCAGUCAUCGUGGGGAAGACAAAUGUUCCCCAGACUCUAGGCGCCUUAGAUAGCGUCAAUAACCUCUUCGGUCGAACUCUGAAUCCACUGAAUCGGAAGCUGACUGCUGGAGGUAGCUCUGGUGGAGAGGCUGUCAUGGUCUUGCUGCGAGGCUCUAUGAUUGGCAUUGGAACCGACAUUGGUGGCAGCAUCCGUAUCCCUGCUAUGUGUGAGGGCCUCUAUGGCUUCAAACCCAGCGUUGGCCGUGUCCCGUACGGUGGACAGGAAUCUUGUUCUGUCCCUGGCCAUAGUAGGACAAGCAUCCAGGCGGUUGCAGGGCCACUGGCCAGAUCUAUGGAUGACAUCAAUGUCUUGAUGAAAGAAAUAGUCCCUCGAUCAGCCUUUUGGGGCGAAGACUGUAUUCCGGGUCAGUGGGUAUCAGAAACCCCGGAAAAGCCAUCCAAGCUUACUGUUGGAAUACUACGAUCCGAUGGCCGAAUUCCUCCUUUACCUCCUAUCGCAAAGGUGUUAGAAGAGGUUGCUGAAACUCUUUGCAACACUAACGGGAUAGAAGUUGUUGAAAUACCAAUUCUCCCCGAAUUAGGGGAAUGCCAAGCUGUAACAAACGCGCUGAUGGGUGUCGAUGGUGGUCAGCAUAUGAUGGACCUGUUAGAAAGCGCCUCAGAAGAGCUCAUUCCAUGGCUAAAGAGCCGAGUCAAACGAGGAACUCCAAAGUCUAUUGACGAGCUUUCUAAAAUCCAAGCAAAACGCUCCCAUAUCGAAAGACAGCUUAUGAAGAUGUGGACUUGUCCAGGAACUGACAAAACUCGUCGUGUUGAUGCUAUAAUCCACCCUGUUGCUCCCCACCCCGUACCAGAAAUUGACCGCUAUAAUGCGGUCGGAUAUACUUCAUCUUUUGUCCUAGUUGAUUAUCCUGCUGGCAAUCUUCCAGUUCGCAAAUUCACCGAGCAGGACCUGGAAAUUGGCAAGGAGAUGGAUUCUAAGAUCCUGUCUAGCUGGGAUAAGAGAAACAGAGAAUUAUGGAAUUCAUCCACUGUUAAUCGCCGGGUCUACCUUGAUUCUCCCCUUUCGAUCCAAGUUCUCACUCCGAGAUUACAUGAUUAUGAUCUCUACUAUGCAAUGGACACCAUAGACAAAGCGUUGAAGAACAGAAAGCGUGUUGCUUCACAAUUAUAA